GAAAGUGGAAAUGAUUCUAGGAUUAAGGGGUUUGUGGGAGGAAACUCGAGGGGAAGAUCCCUGACGCGCGUAACCCUGGGCAGACUUCGUUGUCCUCUUUACCUUUUAAGGUAUUCGCUUGCCUCCGUUCUACUCAGGCCGUCCUACGUAAUUUCGUAAAAGAUCGUUCCGGUGGGACAGAAUUAUUCGCCAUUCCAAACAAGUGUCCGAGGGGGUGAGUGGUCCGUACCGUUCCGUCAAGUCCUGUGCCGCGUUCAAAUUUGGACGAAGCUCCGACCAGGCAGUUAUGUCAUCCGUGGAAAACGUCCGCCUAGGAUAGGUCGUCGUGACACGGAUUAAUAUGUGAACGGUUGUUUAUUCGGGGAGAUUCGGUGGCCAGGUAAUCCAGCUGAAAUCGUCUUCCUUAAACAAAAGAGGCCCGGUUUUCGAGAAGAACAUGUCGAACAAUCUCUGGGACGGAUCAUGGAAUUUGAGGAUCUCCGUCACCGACCUCGGGAUGGAGAGGACCCUCCGUGUCAAAGGCGACAGUCACAUCGGAGGUGUCAUGCUCAGCCUCGUUGAAAAUUUAGACAUUGCUAUGGACUGGUCUGAUCAUGCUUUGUGGUGGCCUUCACGGAACAUGUGGUUAGCCAGGACGAGGUCAACAUUGGAUCAGUAUGGUGUACAAGCAGACGCCUCUUUGCAGUUCACUCCUAUGCAUAAAACGCUUAGGGUUCAACUGCCUGAUCUGAGAUACCUUGAUUGCAGAGUCGAUUUCUCAAUCAAAACUUUCAACGCUGUCAUACAACUCUGCAAAGAGUUAGGUAUUCGUCAUCCAGAAGAACUUUCAUUCUGUAAGCCUUUAGAACAGAGCCAUUUGAAGCAAAAUUUACAAGACCUUUUGACUCACAAGAAAAUCAAAGAUGUCAAUGGCAAAAUUCCUGCUGACACAAACACUUUUGUCGCUAAUUAUUCUGGCUCUAAUGGCUCAUUGGAUCAAGCCGUUCCUCCGAUGUGUUCUCCUGGAGUUUCCAAAAACUUUAAAUCUUCACCAAUCAGCAAACCUGCCGUAACACCUGAUUAUACAUGGAAAAGGAACAACUUGAAUUCAAGCUUUACUUCGAAUGGAAAUCGUUCUCCGACAUUUCAGUUUAACGAAUCUCAUAACAUGACUCUUUCACAGAGUCCGAUUACUCCAAACAAUGAAGCCAGAAGCAGCCUCGUUAGGCCAACAACACUUGUCGAAAAAGCAAGAAUGAAUGUAGCUUGGCUCGAUUCAUCUUUAUCAAUUAUGGAACAAGGUGUGAGAGAAUUUGAUACACUCCGUCUCCGUUUUAAAUUCUAUUCAUUCUAUGAUUUGAACCCUAAAAUUGACGCUGUCCGUAUUAAUCAGAUUUACGAACAAGCAAAGUGGCAACUGCUGAAUGAUGAACUUGAUUGUACAGAAGAAGAAGCACUAAUGUUUGCAGCGUUACAGGUGCAAAUAUCUUUAGAAGCAAAUUCACCACAACCGACAUUGGAUAACACAGCUAACAUGUCCGGAGCGGAUGAUGACAUUGAUGCUGCUCUCAGUGAGCUGCAAGUGACCCUCGAAGGUUCUCAUAUAAACAACAUGAGCGUCGAUAUUACACAAGUCCCUGAACUUUAUGAUUCCUUGCGAUUUUUAAAGCCAAAACGUUUUACUCUAAAAGCUUACAAAAGAUAUUGGUUCACUUGCAAAGACUUAAGGCUGAGAUUGUACAAAUCUCGUGCCGAUUCACAGACAGGGACGCCAAUUCACGAUAUAAGCCUUCGUGGGUGUGAGGUUACUCCUGAUGUCUGCCUUACACAGCAGAAAUACGGAAUAAAAUUAGAAGUGUCUACUAGUGACGGAAUGUCUGAAAUGUACAUCCGGUGUGACACUGAAGAACAGUACGCCAAAUGGAUGGCGGCCUGUAGGCUAGCCGCGAAAGGUCGUUCGUUGGCCGAUAGUUCGUACGAAGCUGAAGUCGCUUCAAUUGUUGCUUUCCUCCAAAUGCAACGUCCUGCCCCUGCCCCAGUGAUCAAUCCAUCAGAAUCAGAAAUCGUACCUGAAGAAUACAUACCUCCAAAAUAUGUAAAGAAAAUGAAAGGAAAGAUGCACAGAAUCUUAGAAGCACAUGCUAAUGUGAAAAAUCUCUCUCUGAUCGAGGCAAAAAUGAAGUACAUUAAAGCCUGGCAGUCACUUCCUGAUUUUGGUAUAUCACUUUUUGUAGUAAAAUUUGCUGACCAAAAGAAGGAAGAGCUUCUAGGAGUCGCCAACAACAGGCUGAUGAGAAUGGAUAUAAACACAGGAGGCCAUAUCAAAACUUGGAGAUACAGUUCAAUGAAAGCUUGGAAUGUGAAUUGGACUGCAAAGAUGAUGAUGAUCCAAGUCGAAAAGGAUAACGUGAGGUUUGCCUGUCUUACUGCGGAUUGUAAAGUAGUUCAUGAAUUCAUCGGGGGCUACAUUUUCUUAUCGACCCGGUCCAAAGAGUCCAACCAAAUGCUAAAUGAAGAGCUGUUUCACAAACUGACUGGCGGUUGGGCAUAAAAUUUCAAAUUUCCAAAACCAGGUUGGCAAGUGCAAUCUGACGGUGCAAUCACAAAUUUAUCUUCAAAAUUAAUUUCUAUAUUUAAAAUUUAUAAUCACAUUAACUUAAUUAAUUAAACUAAGUAUAUUUUUUAAUAUCGCUUUAUUAUGCCAAGAUUAAUUUUAAUGUACAAAUUUGUAUUUUAGUAUUUCCCACAUCAUUAUUUAUUAACAUUCGUUGAUUUGGAAAUGUUUGGGGAAAAAGUUAAUUCCAUGUAAAAAAGAAAAGGAAAAGAGAAAAAAUGUACAGGCUUACAUGAAGUUAAUAUUUUUGUUUUGUAAUGUUCAUUAAUAAUAUAAUAAUAAUGAAACCAUGUGCCUUAAAUUAAUGUUUUGAUUUAAUUUUUUAAUAUAUAUGUAUGUAGAUGACAAUAUUAUACCAAAACUAAAAUUUGCAGCAUAUUUCUAGAAAAUUGUUUUAAUUAAUAACAAGAAAUAUGCUGAAUGGUUAACAAAUUUAUGUUACAUUUAUUUAUUUGUUACUAAAAUUUUUGAACAUAUAACAUAUAUAUAAAAAGUUUCUAACCAUGUUAAAUACUAUUAGAAUUUAAUUUAAAAAAAACAACACUUAAGUCAGUAUGCCUUAAUUGUAAAUUAUUAUGUGCCUUGUUAAUUGUAUAUCUUAUAGUUAGUUCGUAAGCAGUUCAGAAUUAAAGUUUAAAAAGUUAGUCUUCUACUCAUUUUCUAAUUAAACUUUCUGGUUCAUGCCUACAUUGAAAGAAAAUAACCAAUUUCUUACCAUUAGAGUUUGAAAAUAGUUCAUAAAGUGAAAUUCACAUUUUUUUAAGAAAGUAGUACUGCUAAAGGCACUUCAGAUGAUGUGAGGUCUUUUGAACUUACAGUAUUUUACAUAUGGAACCAGCCUCGGUAUAAAAAUAAUUGUAGGCAGCUACCAAACAAAUUUGCACAAUUUAAAGAUAUUCUGUUUGUCUUUUUAUUUUUAAAUUGAAAUUGAUUUGUUAUCUUAUUUGAUUAGAUAAAUGUACAUUGCAAUAAUGAAACUGCAUCAAAAGAAAAAUUAUGCGUAACAUUUAAAAAGUGAAAUUAAUAGCCUCACUUAAUAAUUGUUUUAAUAGGGUUCACAAACAAGCUUCUUUACAAUAAAGUUUAACAAAAAUUAAGAUAUUUAUAACUAGAAUAUUUAAAAAGAGAAUUUUCCAACGUACGUAAAACAGUUUUACAUAACUGUACAUUGGUAUGACGUGUGUUCCAUUGUUUUACGAUUAUUUAAAAUCUAAUUGUUACAUUCGUUUACUUCCAAAUAUUACAUUUAUGAAUCACGUUGAAAAAUGCCAAUUUUACUCUAACUUAUUUACAUUUUUAUUUAACGUGAUUUACAAUUGUAUUAAUUCCUAUUAAACUUUAGGUUUUAACGGCUAAACCUUUUUACCUACUAGUAGUUUGUAGAAACAUUCCAUACUAACCUCGACAUCGGCCAAAUUUUCUCUUACUGUCCAUUGUGUAUCAUACAUAUUAUAUGUAUAUAUUUAGAUUUCGUUUAAUAACAAUGUAAACUGCCAACUAAAACUAAUAUAUUAAUAUUUUGAAUUUUUCAUUAAGGUUUUAAGUUAAUUGUUUAUAUCAUAUAAUAACAUACGCUUUAAUUGUUUUGAGAUGAACUAAAGUGUCCUUCAAAAUUUUGUAAAAAACUGAUACUAUUUAAUUUCUUAGUAAUAAUAAGAUAACUAUUGACACACUGACAUAAAUAAUUUAUUUGUUGUUGAUUAUUGCUAAGGAAUAUGUUAAGAAGUAGCCUUUCUUCUUGUGUCAAAAAAAAGUGUUAAUUGUUCAUUACAUAUUUAUAUUUUUCAAAUUUUCUUUCAGAUUAGACAAUCCAUAUCUCAAGUUAUUCCUAUUGAAAAUUUAUAGAAAAAUAUUUUUAUGAGUACAUAUAUAUUUUGUUGACUACAUGAAACAUAUCUAAAGGGGAAAAAGUAGUAUUUAUUAGUAUUAGUAAGUAAUAUCUAAAAAUUAUUUUUACAGUUAUUGGCCAUUUUAAGACCAUUAUUCAUUAAGCACUUUGGCAGAACUUAAAUGGAUUGAAGCAAGAUUAAUAAUUUGUUCCUGUAAAACAAAACAAAAAAUCAUUUUCCAAUGAAAUGGAAUGUUUCAGUAUUACAUUAAUGAUUCAGCAUAUAAGCUUUUGGAUUUCAUACUUAAUUGUUAAAAAGUAUUCAAAUAAUUUUCCUAGCUUGUGAAAUUUAAUUUUAAAAUGCAAGUGCCUUUAUAAAAAGUGUUCUUACUAUUUUUACACGUUUACUUUUUAGUGAGCCCAAUCUAAACUUGUUAAUUAACAAUAAAAAAAAAUUAAAGAAUAUUUACAAAUUUAUUGUUAAGAAUAGUAAUGUAUAGUAGAAAUGUUUAUUUUAUGUAUUUUCUAGUUGAUGAAUUAACAUUAUGUACCAAUUAUGCUUUAUUUCAUAUAAGAACAAAUAUUUACCAUAUUGUACAUGGUUAAAUCAUUCGUCAUUUUAUUCAUUUAUUAUGUAUUAUUAUUUAUUAUUCAUCAUUUCUAUUGUAUAUGGUAUUACCAUGUACUUUAGUACAUAUUAACCACGAUAAUAAUGCUGUAUAUUAUGUUAUAAGCCUUAUUGACUCUACUAUAAUUACACGUAUAACUUAGUCAACUUGCUACAUUAUAACUAUUUAGCUCAGUUAUAUUUAAUCACAUUUUACUUAUAUUCUUAAAACCUUAAGUAGAAAGUUAAUUAGUUGCAAACUAGCUGUUCGUUUCUUUUUUUUUAUUAUUAUUAUUAUCUCACUAGUAAUAACAAUAACCAGAGGUAAUUUUUGUUACUAAA